UUGAUACUACGUAGAUCCUUUUCAUAACAAAUACCUUGUGAACACUGAAAUUGAGUUGUUAUGCAUUGUAAUUUCACACCAUAGAGGUAGGAAAAACCUUAAACUGGAGGGAUAUUUUGAGAUUUGGGUCUAAUAAAUUUACUCUGCUUCAAUGGAAUUUUUGUUAAUUCGUGAUAAUUUUUAUACCGAAGCAUAAUACAUGUAGUGAAUGAAGAUACAUGUAUGUGUAUGGUGUGUGCUUUUUUGGGUGAAGCAAGACCGACAACCGGCUUCAUGCGGUCAGCCGUGACGCCCUUUCCAGUAGUAUAGAGUUCAGUGGAGGAGACAGGAAGAACAAAGAAGGGAAAGUACCCCGGUUCAAAACCACUGAGCUGUAUUAUAUAUCUGGAUACACCAUUGGUCAAUGACUUGUGAAGCCACGCGGCCGCCAUAUUACCACACACAAGAAACACUUCUCGGACAAUGACUUAUGUGAGAACUUGUGAGUUGUUAAGUCUGUUGUUAGUUUGUUACUCACUCACACUAAAUGCGAGGUUAGUCUAACAUCGCACAACAGGUGUGCUUGAGCUUAGUCAUAAGGACUCGGGUAUGAUACUUUUUAAAAAAGUCUGUCGAUAUCAUACCGUACCUGAGUCAUAACGGCUUUACAUAGGGGGCCAUGGGGGAUAUGUAAACAAACAACCGCGACUAGACUACUAAAUAAUUUUUUUUUGUUUACCCGAAUUUUAAAUGAACCCCCAUAUGGAGACAAUGUUUAUAUAUUAUUACAUAUUAUAUUACAUAUUAUUCCUGUGGCCUCUUCAUCUGCUUUGUACACUAUGUACGCUGUGCGAAUGGAGUCUGCUACGUACGAGAUGUGAGUGGUAAGAUGGCCUCUCUGUGGCUUCAGCGGCUUGCACGGGCGGGUGCGACGUAUGGUGUAUCCAGAUAUAUAAUACAGAUCAGUGGUUCAAAACACACUUGACCACAACACCCUUCACGUUUGUUACCGUUCGUUUACGAGGGUCAGCUGGUCCGAACAUGGCGAACAGUGCGCAAGAUGUGGAGAACAACAUGGUCUCUUGUGGACAGGACCAGCAGGAGGCCAACGGUGCUCCAGAGUACCCUCAGCAGCAGGACCAAGGAGCCGGGAUGACCAGAGCUCGAUCCAGAGGGGGCUCAGGGACUGGAGGUGGUGGUGGAGGAGAUGAUGGAGGUGGAGGUGGCAGCGGUCCCGAGCAGAAUGGCCAGGCCCCGGCGGCCAGGGCUCCUCGUGUGGUGGAAGCGGAGGAGGAGGACGACGAGGAGCUGACGCUGAAAUACGGCGCCAAGCACGUCAUUAUGCUCUUCGUUCCCGUCACGCUCUGCAUGGUGGUCGUCGUGGCGACCAUCAAGUCUGUCAGCUUCUACACACAGAAUGACGGCCAGAGACUUAUCUACACACCUUUCCCUGAGGACACGGACACGGUCGGCCAAAGAGCGCUCAACUCAAUCCUGAAUGCCAUCAUCAUGAUCACGGUGAUCAUCGUGAUGACUUUGGUGCUGGUGCUGUUGUACAAGUACCGUUGCUACAAGGUGAUCCAAGGCUGGCUCUUCCUCUCCUCCCUCCUCUUGCUCUUCUUCUUUUCUUACAUCUACCUCAAAGAGGUGUUCAAGACCUACAACGUGGCCAUGGACUACUUCACCCUGGCCGUCAUCAUCUGGAACUUUGGAGUGGUGGGAAUGAUGUGCAUCCAUUGGAAAGGGCCUCUGCGCCUCCAGCAGGCCUACCUCAUCAUGAUCAGCGCUCUCAUGGCGCUGGUGUUCAUCAAGUACCUGCCCGAGUGGACCGCCUGGCUCAUAUUAGCUGUCAUAUCUGUCUACGAUCUGCUGGCGGUGCUCUGUCCUAAAGGGCCUCUGAGGAUCUUGGUGGAGACGGCUCAGGAGAGGAAUGAACCCAUCUUUCCCGCUCUCAUCUACUCUUCUACAAUGGUGUGGCUCGUCAACAUGGCCGACACGGACCAGCCGAAGAGGAGCUCCGCAGACGGAUCCUCACCUCCGCCGGAGACUCAAGAAGCGGUGGCGUCCCCAGUGCCGUCCAGCCCAUCACAGGAUGACGGCGGCUUCACCUCGUCCUGGGUCAGCCACCAGGAGCACCAGCUGGGGCCGCUCGAGUCCACAGAGCAGAGUCGGCGGGAGAUCCAGCAGAUGCCUUCGGAUCGUCCUCCUGUGGAAGACGACGACGAGGAGCGGGGUGUCAAGCUGGGCCUCGGAGACUUCAUCUUCUACAGCAUGCUGGUGGGAAAAGCCUCGGCCGCCGCCAGCGGCGACUGGAACACCACGCUCGCCUGUUUCGUCGCCAUCCUCAUUGGCUUGUGUUUGACCCUGCUCCUGCUUGCCAUCUUCAAGAAGGCGCUCCCCGCUCUGCCCAUCUCCAUUUUCUUUGGCCUGGUCUUCUACUUUGCCACUGAUAACCUGGUACGACCCUUCAUGGACGAGCUGGCGCUCCACCAGUUCUACAUUUAGCAGGAUUGGCCACACCGCAGCGGCACCCCCUUUCUACAGCAGGAGGAUCAACCCGAUGACAGGACGUCAUUUUUUUUUUUUUAGUUCUGCCUUUUCUGUCCGCCUGAGGGAGGGUGUUCUUACCGUGUUUUUUCUUUUGAAGUUCUGCUUUUAUAAAAGCGAGAGGUGUCAACUUGGGACCUUCCAGCGGUUUCAUCCCGUCUCAGGCACAACACAAAUUUAAGAGUCCCAGUGGGACUUUUGCACCUUGUAUUCAUGCAGGGAGGCUCAGCACCCUCACUUCUGACUGGGAGCCUUCCCAGUCUGACCAGUCGUCUUCUGCUGGGGCAGCAGGUGCCUUGCUCAGGGACACCAGGAAGUUGAAGCAGUUCAUCGAGCUCCUCCCUCGCCCGGAAGCCCUCACAUGACGAUCAAAUCCCACGUUGGCACAUUUCUCUGAGGAGGUCAAAGUUCAACCAGCGACCUACCUGCCGUCAUUCUGUUAGCCUGAGUUGCAGGAGGUCCAGUGCCUUGCUCAGGGGCACCUCAGUCCCACUUGUUUGAGUUGGUUUCUGUAAUAAAAAUGUGCUUUUUGUUCUUCUCCACUCCGGGGAUUUAAACCUGCAAACACCGCCUGAGGCACGCCUGGUGCUGUCGCCGAAUUACUGCAUCAAACAGGACCCUUCACUCGUGCCCGCCACGUAUGCAGAAAAAUAGCGUGAAGAAUAAAUAAGUUGUGAUGUUGGACAUCAUGUCAGAACUGCACUCGUGAUGGAGAAAAAACACUUUUUGUUCUCACACAAUAUUUUGGUCUGUUGAGGGAAUAUUUUGGGUGACUUUGCUUUUUUUUGUGUGUCAUUGACAUGCGUAUGUCUGUUAUGCAAAUUCAAAUGUGUUCCUUUUUUAAAUAAAGAAUGAAAA